CAUCGGGAAGCCCCCGGGGCCCUCCAGGGGAGGCGUUGGCCCGCGCCGUGCCCAGCAGGAGCAGGGCUGGCCGGUGUGCGGGGCUCUGCCUCGCUUCGUCGUGGGCGCUGCUAAUUGGGGCCUGCACAGGGCAGGUAAUUACUGUUUUCGCUGCUGGGUUACCUCCCCGCGGGUUCCAUCUGAGUCACCCCGAGACGAGAGCCGAGGUGGUGGCGUCGGGCCCCAUCCAGCCGGCGUACGGGGCCGAGGCUGUCGGGGUCGCCCCCUGCCCUCGUCCCGCGCCCCGGCACCAUCCUUGGCUCCGUCUGAGCGCUCGUGCCAGGUGUGUCACCGUCUCGCGGGUGACAAAGCCAGCACUGAACAAACUCCCGGCCACAAGCGCAGAGCUGAAGGCAGGGCGCCGAGCAAUUUGUUUUUCAAAUCGGUGUUUGAGUCGGGCUGAGCUUGGGUACGUCCGCGGGGAGCUGGAGGGCUCGCUUCGAGCCUGGAAUAUUCAAGUGUGACUCUGUAAAAGAAAAAUCCAUUCAAAAGAUGUUCUCAAACAAUGACGAAGCUGUGAUCAACAAAAAACUUCCAAAAGAGCUGCUGCUUCGAAUUUUCUCUUUCCUGGAUGUGGUCACUCUGUGUCGCUGUGCUCAAGUCUCCAGGGCAUGGAAUGUUCUGGCCCUGGAUGGCAGUAACUGGCAGCGAAUUGACCUGUUUGAUUUCCAGAGGGAUAUUGAGGGCCGAGUAGUUGAGAACAUUUCCAAGAGAUGUGGGGGGUUCUUGCGGAAGUUAAGCCUGCGUGGCUGUCAAGGAGUGGGAGACAAUGCGUUAAGGACAUUUGCACAGAACUGCAGAAAUAUUGAAGUAUUGAACCUAAAUGGCUGUACCAAGAUCACAGACGCUACGUGUACCAGCCUCAGUAAGUUCUGCUCUAAGCUCAGGCACCUUGAUUUGGCUUCCUGCACUUCCAUAACCAACCUGUCCCUGAAAGCACUGAGCGAGGGAUGCCCGCUGCUGGAACAGCUGAAUAUCUCCUGGUGCGACCAAGUGACGAAGGAUGGCAUCCAGGCCCUGGUGAGAGGCUGCGGGGGGCUCAAAGCCCUGUUCCUGAAGGGCUGCACACAGCUUGAGGAUGAAGCUCUCAAAUAUAUCGGUGCACAUUGUCCUGAACUGGUGACUUUAAACCUUCAGACGUGCUUACAAAUAACAGACGACGGGCUCAUCACGAUAUGCAGAGGGUGCCACAAGCUGCAAUCCCUGUGUGCCUCGGGCUGCUGUAACAUUACCGACGCCAUCCUGAACGCCCUGGGACAGAACUGCCCCAGGCUGAGAAUAUUAGAAGUUGCAAGGUGUUCUCAACUAACAGAUGUGGGCUUUACUACUCUAGCUAGGAACUGCCACGAGCUUGAAAAAAUGGACCUGGAAGAGUGCGUCCAGAUAACAGACAGUACACUAAUCCAGCUCUCCAUACAUUGUCCGCGGCUUCAGGUUCUGAGCUUGUCCCACUGCGAGCUGAUCACGGACGAUGGGAUCCGCCACCUGGGAAACGGCGCCUGCGCGCACGACCGCCUGGAGGUGAUCGAGCUGGACAACUGCCCGCUGAUCACGGACGCCUCCCUGGAGCACCUGAAAAGCUGCCACAGCCUGGAGAGGAUAGAACUGUACGACUGCCAGCAGAUCACGCGGGCGGGGAUCAAGAGACUCAGGACCCACCUCCCCAACAUCAAAGUCCAUGCCUACUUCGCGCCCGUGACACCCCCUCCGUCGGUCGGGGGCAGCAGACAGCGCUUCUGCAGAUGCUGCAUCAUCCUAUGACGGCGGCGGCGGCCGGCCUCGCGGACUGAGUAUUUAAUGACACCCGUAGAGUCACGGUGGACACCAGUACCCUCGAGGAAAGCGAUACCAGUGUCAUUCGCAAGGGCCAGUGACCAGGGCCGUGGCGCCAGGCCCCCGUAGCCACCCAUACGCAUACAUCCACACCCCCACCUGCUCCAGCAAACCGCUGAACUCCGCGCCCCGGAGCUGGAGCCGUCGGCUUUUUCUGUAGGUGGACUGGGAGAACUCGGAACCAUUCGUGCUGGGCAUGCUCAGACAAAAGCGCCGCGGAGAGGAGGGGAGGCUUUUGCGAACCCGAAAGGACUGCUGCUGCUGCUGUGGAGGUUGGAGUGGUAACUGCAGCCCUUUGAAACGGGGAGAGGGAGAGGAAGGAUCGUGCUUUAACCCUGCAUCCGCUGUCCAGGAGGGGGAGGAAAAAAAAAAAAAAGAAAAGAAAACCCCAACGAGUUCCGUGUCCGUUUUUCAGUGAGGGGACAAACCAGCAGCUGCUGAGGCACGGCUUCCUCGUGCUCCCCUGCUUCCCGUUCCCGGCCGAGCGCCCUGAGCAUGCUCACGCUGAAGGUUCAUCCCCUUUGUGCUCGGUAGCAUCCGGCUCGGCGGCUUCCUAGGUUGUUGUGAUAUAGCUUGAAGUCUGUAACGUCAGGCUCAGUUGUUUUUUUUGUUGUUUUUUUUCUUACCCUUCCCACAUCCUGCUCUUUUUUUUUUUUUUUCUCCUGCCGAUUUGCAAUUCAGUAAUUCUGAGAUUUACCAGACGAAAGUUACGGAAACAAUUUAAACUAUUCUUUUCCCACCACUAGGAGCCUGAGCCUGUAACGACCGACCCCUUGGGAAGGUUUUUACACCGAAAGCGACCUGCGCUACAGGCUACACUCGUAGGCUCCUCGGCCUGUUUUUCCCAGAGAUUGGGUGUCUGAAUUUGUUUUGCAUUUCAGGUUUUACCCCAGUGAUGAGAAUAUCCCCCUCGAUGUAGGGGGGCGAGUUAGAGUCUGUUCCGGUGACCGUAAGUCCCCCGCUCUGCCUGUCCUUCCCCCCCGACCCUCCAUCCUACCCCCGGAGGAAAAGCAAAGUAGGGAAGUAGGGGCUGCUGCUCAUUGCCCUGGCCAAGAGGCAAGGACCCCGUAACGCAGCGGGAGGAGCGGGGUCGUGCUCUGGAUUAUUCGCUUUGUGCCCUGGGUUGUUCGCUUUGUGCCCUGGGUUAUGGUCACUUGGUGCUGCACCGAGGUGCCGGGUGCUUUCCUGACUCUUCGGCAUCUUCCGCAGGUAAGUGGAGAAGGAUGAAACGAAUGCAACGAGAUUUUGCCAUGUGCCGGCUCUUCCCGGCUGCCAGGGGGUGCCCACAGCAGCCGCUUUUGGGGCCGUUUCAGGCGGGUUUGACCCCGGUGCUUCAGAGGAGGGUGGUCGUCAGCCCUCUGCAGCCGAGGAGGGGGGCUGCCCCGUUCUGCCGGAGUCCUGCCGUGGGGAGGAGCCGGCUGCAGCAGGAGCGGCUCUUUGGGGGUCCCCGGGGCUCCGUUCACUCUUGCUUGCCUUGAGGACGCUCCAAAGGGUCGCUGACCGCCACCAGCCCCAUAUAACUCGGCCUUCCCCCCCCCCCCAGGCGUGUGUUUAAUGAAGUCUGUUGGAGGAAAGGCAGCGUGCCGCCUCUCAGAGGCUGCUGCCAGCUCCUUCCCCGCAGGUUGCUUUCAGUCCCUGCUAUUUAUUCAAAUCCUUUCCAGCACCGCGGCCUCUCCCUCCUCAGCGAGCAUCUUCUGCGCUCCCACCCGCAGAGCUCCCUGCUCUGGUUUUUUUUUUGGGGGGGGGGGGGGGCAGAGCGCGGGGUGCAGGUGGUGCUGAGCCGGGGGGAGCCGAAAGUGGGCUGCAGCUGCCUGCUGCCUGGUACCAGAGCAGAGUUUUGGGGGAAAAACUCCCGAGUCCCGAACCCAAAGCCUCUUCUCUCUCGUUUUGUUUCUCGGACAGGGUAACAGCGUAAGGUAGCUCGAACGCCUGGGCAGCGUCCUUUAGGUGGUUGUCUGUCUACAUGGACUCUUCCUGAUGUUUGUAUUUAUAAGUACCAAUAAACACCAUUUUCCAAGCCUC